AAUUGGAAGAUGAAAAUGUUAUAACUUUAUCAAAUGAAUUUGAUAAUAAUGAAAGUAUUGAAAGAAAUUUUGAUGACUCAUCAAAGGAUGAGGAGGAGGAUAUUGAAAUUCCAAUAAGUAAAAAACAAAAGUUAUUGGAAGUAGAAGAACCAGUAACUUUAGAAGAUCAAGAAGCAUUAGCUUUAAAAUUAUUGAAUCUCUUUUAA